AAUGUCCACCUUAUCGGUAUAGGGACAGUGCACAAUGCUCAACGCAUUGUCGAAUUGGUACCGCCCCAAUUGUCUGUACAGAGGCAUUGGCAACUUGAUGGAGUCAAGCUGCACCAUUUGGCUCAUUUCAACGUGCUCAGUAAACCCUGGAAGCUAUGCCAGACGAUCUGUGAAGCUGCACUGAGUGCUCUCGGAAUACUCUGGAAUGUGUGAAUGUUGACCGCUUUCCUCCUUCUGCAUUGCAUUUUGCGUAGAGGUUGAGCUAGGUGGCAGAAUGGCACCCACCUACACGAGAUACAGUAAUCCACACUACAGUACUUCGUGAUUGUUCUCAUGAACGAUGCAAGAUGCUGUGACCUAUAAUUUCACGAGAUCCCAAGUAGGUGGAUUCAUCAGGCGGUCGCGGACAUCUCGGAUGUUGAGGUGUAACAUAUCUAAAGGAUUUAAUAGUCAAUACUCUUCAUUUGAGCAUUAGUUUCUUUCAUCUAUUUACUUGAUUUAUUGGGAAUCUGUAAUUCAGACCAGCUUAGAAGUUAAAGGUUCCUUAUUCCGUGUACAUGUGGUUGGCAACCUUUGAGAAUCCAGGAUCUAAAGUCUAUUGGGUAACAAAAUUGUUCAGAAUUUUUCCAGCUUGUAGCACAGAACUCUGUAACUGUUUGGUAAAUAUCUUCAUCUCAAAGUACGUGGGUAGUACGAUGAAUUCUAUUGUAUUCGUGCUUCUGGUAGCGGUGAUACUUCUGUCUCUCUACCUUGGAUUUGGUCCUUCAUUACAGAGACGCAAGUUUCAAAUUAAUGUAGAACUUUGCAUGCGCUUAGAAAAGAAGCUUGCUAAGACGCAAACCCACAUACAUGAUCAGUAUGAUCCUUUGAAAAUGACUGGAAUUCAAAAGAAGAUCUACCAAGAAUUGAAGGCAGUGAUGAAACGAGCAACUGAUUUGCUUAAGCAAUGCAGGUGCAGCAACAGAAAAUCGUGGCUUUGUGCAGCAGUAGCCCUUCUAGAUAUCAAAGAGCAUGUGCUGGAUAUUGAACUUGAGCUUGCAUGGUGCACACGCAUGUUGAAAUUAUCAACUACUAGCCACUUGGAUAGUACAGUAGAUACUGACGAAGAUAGCAACGUGGCCAAGGCAGAAACACAGCAGAAAUCACUUUAUGACAAGUUGUCGGACGACUUGGAAGAUUUGCAAAAGGCAGCUAAUAAAGAUAAGGCACAUCUGCUGUCCAAGCUUGAGAAAGAGGUUUCGAAGCAUGACAAGGGGUCGGAGCAUCACCUGCUGGUAACCUACUUGCAGUGCCGUCUCAAAGAGUUACAAGGUAACUCUAUUCCUGAUGGUGACGUCAAAUGUUUAGACGAGUACUUCGGAAAGAAGGUCCAAUUGGUUGAGAGCGUGGGUGAAGGUGCAUAUGGCUACGUAUAUAAAACCAAGGGGUUGGAGCACCUGAACAUUCCCAAGCAAGCAGUGAAAAUAAUUCUUGAACCUAAUGCUUUGGAGGGGAAGUUUCUGAAAUUUUGCUAUCAUCCACAUAUCGUGCAGUACUUUUGGUCCUGGGAGCAGAUCGUUACCGACCGUAUAGCUAUUGACAAAAUGAAGAAUUGUUUUCUGGAGGAUGAGAAGUAUUCCUACAUACUAAUGGAACUUAUGCGUACGAACCUCACUCUUGAAAUCUGGGAGAAUAAGCAGAAGAAUCCAGGCAGUCCACCCUUUGCACUGCCUGUGGCGAUCGACAUAAUGCUUCAGAUCGCAAAAGCAAUGCGAUACCUUCACGGUAAGAGGAUCACCAAGAGUAAGAUCACCCACAGAGACCUCAAACCCGCUAAUAUACUAGUGGAAACUCAAGGAAACUCUUUGCAUGUGAAGUUGGUAGAUUUUGGGAUAUCGAAAGUAUACCAGCACACUGAAACCUUAGGUGCUCAAACUCGGAAGCUGGGCACAACGGUGUAUGCGGCACCUGAGGUUUUCCUCCCAGCUGAGAAUGGCACCACGACGGCAAAUUAUCCUCCCAGGGCUGACGUUUGGAGUUUUGCAAUGACAUGUUCAGAAAUUCUCACUGGUCGUACUCCUUUUCACCGUGUACUUGAAAGAAAAGAUCUUCACGAGAAAAUCAAAGAUGGAUUAAGGCCUGAUUUGCCGGAUAACCUGCCUGAUUGCCUGCGUUUCUGCAUUGAAAGCUGCUGGAACCUGGAUCCUCAACAGAGACCAAACUUUCAGAAUAUAUGCAGAAUGCUCACUGUUGCGAAAGCCGUGAGUUUGAAUGCAACUCUUGCCGAGUCUGCUUUCAAACAUGUGCAAAAGCUUGGCGAUCCUUCGUUGCAAAUUGCUUCAAAGCCAAGUCGUGGGGUUGGAGAGACGUACGUUUUAGUGGGGACGAGCUUCACGCUGUACACCGACAGCUCAAGGAAAGUCGAGAUUAAGAGGAAGUACUCCAAAGGAAUUACAACAGAUAUGGAUGAGUACAAAUACCUGAAUCCAAUCCAGAUACCUUUCGUGCAAGGUAGUAUCUGGGCAAACCAACUGGACGUCUACGCGCACGGUUGUCUUUGUGGUGUCUUCGUGAGCUCCAAGUACCAAGACCAGCUCAGGAAACUGAACUUGAAUAUCGUGACGGGAGGAUAUCUUGGUCAGACGAAUUCUACGAGCGAGGAAGAUGAAGACCGCAGGCACUAUUGGGGUGUGAAGAGAGACAAGAAUUCAAGCGAAUAUCAUCGAGCUGCUGGGUUCUUCAACAUGCGCGAAUCAAAUCAGAUGGGGUAUGUGUAUGUUUACUUCAGGUAUGGCUCGUCAGACUCUGCUGUGAUUACCCACAUAUGGCAGGAUGACACGGUGAUACUUGGUGAUAUUGGCACAGCAGACUCUGCCUAUGCUGACAGGAUGGUGCUGGGCAGCAAGAUCCUACACAGCGCUCCGUCAGCUAAUUCCCAUAGCUAUUAUCUCACUUUCUUCCAUCCCUCCUGCUGAGAACGAUGCAUCGCGUGUUUAGUUGGUCCGAUGGUGGGUUGUGUCGGGUUCCAACAUGGUACCAGAUGCUAAGAACGGCAAUACUUCUACAAAUUCCUGCUAUGUAUGUAUGUAUGUAUGUAUAUAUAUUUGCAUGAUGUGGAAUUUUGUUGAAGUCUAUGAUACAAGAGCUUGAAGCAAACCCCGGUAAAGGCUACAAAGGUCCUCAAGAUAACAAUUUGAUAACUCUGGCAUUAUUGGAAAGUACUUGUGGCUUUGGAUGUGCAUAGAUAGAUAGAUAGCUAUAUAAAUAAAUUAAUAGAUAGUGAUCAUGGAUUUUUGUAUUGAAUCAUUUCAUUUUGAAAUUGUAUUGUUUUCUCAUCUUAGAA